AGGAGUCCGUUAAGCUUCAUACACGCAGCUCGCAAUUACAACUACCGCAUUGGCUCUUGAGAAUUGGCCACUCCAUUCACAAGUGUUUGAGUGUACAAUUCGCAACGACGAAGGAAGAAACUAUGGAAGACAGAGAGGACUUGAGGUCAAUUUUGCCAUUUUUGCCGCUUCUACUGCGUUCUUCCUCUCUGUUUUGGCCUUCUCAGGUUGUGGAAGCACUGAAAACUCUGGGAAGGGGGCCUCUCCAUAGCUUAGUUGACUCAGGCGAGCUCUUGUUCCUCGCCAUUUCUGACCUCAGGAACUCUCUCUGUCUCUCCAAUCAACCUCUAGCCCCUUCCGUUGCACAAGGUUACGCCUUCUUCUUCGACGAGCUGAUGUCUGGAGUGGAAUCUAAGAAGUGGUUUGAAGAGGCAAUUCCGGCAUUGGCAAAUUUACUUUUGCGGCUUCCCUCUCUGUUGGAAGAACACUAUCAAAGUACAGGUAUGGUUAUAGAUGGAGAGAGAGGAGCUGGUUUACGCUUGCUGAAUUCACAGGAAGCUGGAAUAGUUUUCCUCAGCCAGGAGUUAGUUGCUGCUUUCCUUUGUUGCUCUUUUUUUUGCUUAUUUCCAGUCAAUAACAGAGCUUCCAAAGAUCUUCCUAUGAUCAACUUUGAUGGAUUGUUCGCGAGUCUGUAUGAUGAUUAUAGUCACAAUCAGGAAAAUAAGAUUUGGUGCAUCAUUCACUAUCUUAAAAGAAUAAGCUCUGACAUGCCAAAGGGCAUUGUCUCGUUUGAGCGGAAAGUACUUCCCUUUGAUGGACAUCACCUUCAAGUUUCUUACCCUGAUGCUAAUUUUUGGAGCGCUUCUGUGAUUCCUCUAUGCAGGUUUGAGACUCACAGUUCUGGACGCAUAGAGGAUCAGUCAGGUGCAGCUGUUGAAGUGGACUUUGCAAAUAAGUAUCUAGGUGGUGGUGCUCUUCGUAGAGGCUGUGUACAGGAGGAAAUACGUUUCAUGAUCAGUCCAGAAUUGAUUGUUGGCAUGCUCUUCUUGCCUUCAAUGGCAGAAAAUGAGGCCAUAGAAAUUGUUGGUGUGGAAAGGUUCUCAAAUUAUACAGGGUACGCCUCCUCAUUCCGAUUUUCUGGUGACUAUGUGGAUAAAAGGGACGUAGAUGAACUUGGAAGACGUAAAACCUGGAUUGUUGCAGUUGAUGCAUUAUGUGGCCCAGGAAUGAGACAAUAUAGGGAAAAGUUUCUUCUCCGUGAGGUCAAUAAGGCAUUCUGUGGCUUUUUGAGUCAAUCUAAGUGUCAGCCGUGCCAGGAAAUAUUGCGAGAGAACAGAUGCUCUUCUGAACUGGUUUAUGCUUCCACCUCGACAUCUAUGGAAGCAAGUGAAGGAAAUUCUGCAGAUGAAAUAUUAAAACAUUCUCAGAAGAGUCGUCCUAGUACAGAGCAGCGCGAUAGUAUUGGGAUUGCUACUGGAAACUGGGGAUGUGGUGCCUUUGGAGGAGAUCCUGAAGUGAAGACGAUAAUUCAAUGGCUUGCUGCUUCUCAAGCUCAAUGGCUUUUGGUUCAUAUGUUCCAGGCUCAAAGACCAUUUAUAGCAUACUACACAUUUGGCUUGGAGGCAUUGCAGAACCUAGACCAGGUUGCUGAUUGGAUUUUAUCGCAUCACUGGACGGUUGGGGACCUGUGGAACAUGUUAGUUGAGUACUCAACAUUAAGAUGGAAAGGAGAGACCAAUGUUGGCUUCUUCAAAUGGCUCCUACCAUCUAUAACUGAGCAUGAUGAUGUGAAGGACUCACCAAAUAUACUUGACUCUUAGUUGAUAGUUUUUCUUUUUUCCCAAUGUCCGUUCCCCCUUUUUCUUUAUAGAUAAGGUAUAGGUCUGAAAAUAUAUCAUAAAGUAUGAUGUGAAGACUUUCAAAUUAUUAUCAUUAUUGUACUGUACACAAUGUUUUAGAGAGUAAAACUAGCAUCAAUUACCUUUGGUUCAAUGGUAAUUGGUUUGAGUUUAAA